AUGCACUGCGAUGCCCUGCGAUGGGCUGCGAUGGGCUGCGAUGGGUUGCGAUGGGAUGCGAUAAGCUGCGAUGGGAUCCGAUGCGCUGAGAUGCGCUGGCCACGCGACGAUUCUUCAGGCAGGCCGCUUCCCCCGGUGCUUGUUCGUCGCACUACUUUCCGCCACUCCCAAUUCCCCCCGUCCGCUCAUCCCCUUUCUUCUUCCGCCCUCCGCGCCCCUCCCUUCCCCGUCCCUCUAUCCCGCCAGCGGCGCUGCUCCUCUUGCACCUGCCGGCCGCGACAGGCAACUUUGACGCGUUCCGCGUGGCCUCGGUGUGCGGGGGCAACGGCCGCGGCAGCAUCAGCCUCGCGCUCGGCAUCGCUGGCAGCAGCACUGGCGUCCCUUCGAACUGUGGAGGGCAACGGAGGCUGUGUGGGAGGGGGAGGGGCGAGUGCGGGUGGGGGGAACGGGUCAGGCGGAAGUGCUGCGCAAUCCUGGCCGUUGAUCGCGAUGGAGUAUGACGAGAUGCCGGGCAGUCCAGGUGGCGCGCAGGGGUUGGCCGUUGGGGAGUUUGAUGGGAGCACGAUCACUGCUUUUGACCGUGCAUCUGCUCCGCUGCCAGCAGUGACAGCCCCGCAGUUCUCCAUCAACCUCACUGACCCCAUGCCGGGCGGGGCGCACAUCCGGGUUGAUCAGCUCACGGCCAGCUUUUACCGCAUCUCAUACACAGUCAUCCUUGUGGCUCCGGAUAACACCCCCCAGUCUGCUGCGCUGCUGCUAUCCGCCGCGAAUGGAGGAGGCAGGAAUCUGAACAGUGGCUAA